UUCCAAAUGUAUAUCAGUUUUUUCCAAUUAUUAAAAGUGUUAGUCGUAAUUAGUAAAGAAUAAAUCGAUAAAUAAACAUAUUAAAAAUCCAACAAACCGUCAUUAAUGUCAUUAAACGUAGAAAAAUCAAACAAAUGGAUUUAGAAUUCGUCCUAACAAACACCAAAACGGACAGUAUAAUAAGAAACGGUUUAAUAGCAGCUACCUGCUUAAAUCAGAGUUUGAGACUGUUGGAUUACGGAAAUGUAAUCGUACAAGAAAAUUACAGAGAGACCAGCCAAGUACGCAUAAUAACCGGAGGUGCCAAUUUUAUGGGCGAUUUGGUAGGCAAAGGGAUGCUAACGGCUGCUAUUCAAGGCGAACAAUCAUCAGCGCCCGCUUCAAACAUCAUCCUACGCACGUUGCACGAAUUGUGCCACGGCCAUCCCGGCGGAGCCCUAGUCAUCGUUCCCGGUGACAUCGGCGACAUGUUGAACUUCGGCGUGGCCGUCGAACGAGCCCUAAACAGCGACUUGCGGAUCAGAACGAUGACGGUGUGCGACGAUCGGACGUGCGACAGGCCGCGCCGAUGCCUUUGCGGGAUCGUGUUGGUGUACAAAAUCGCGGGGGCGAUGGCGGACGGCGAGAGAAACCUCGCCGCGAUAUGCGACUAUUGUAGACGUUUGUGCGAGAACAUGGUCAGCGCGGAGAUCGAGGUGUUCGGCGGGCAAUCGUACGACGAGUGUAAAUGCAAUAGACAAUCGAGUCCGGUCGAUUCGAGUUCGAAGUAUUUGCCGCAAGUUAAAGUUUGCUUGGAUAAUUUGAUUAAAGUGUGUCGAGUGUCCGGGUCUACCGAUGCCCUCAAUGUGGAUUGUCUCGAUGAUGAAUUCUCCGACGACAAGUUGCUUCUUACAUCGAACGAUGAAAUCGUCGUUUUGGUCAACAACAACAACGAAUUGGAAAAAUUGGAAAUGUAUUCGCUCGUAAAAGACAUGAUCGAAUAUUUGCGUUCGAUGAAUUUACAAGUGCAAAGAUUCUACAUUGGGGAUUUCAUGCAAUUGUCCCACACCAAAUUAUCUUUUACUAUUUUAAAAGUGAUUGAUUCCGAUGUAUUGUACUAUUUGGAUGCGGCUUGUGAAGCCACUGGCUGGUUAAGGAUGGUGCAAGGAGAGUACCCUUUGAAUACGGACGUUGUUAUUAAGGGCGUAAUAGAGAAAACUAUUCGAACGGAAUCGCCGGUUAAAGGACCCCGUUUGUCCGAGACACACACCAACAUUUUAUUGUUCUCGAUGCAGUUCGCCUGCAACGCUCUGAUAUCCUGCGAAAGGCAAUUGAAUUGCAUCGACGCCAACAAAUUCAAUUCGGGCGGCAUCGGAAAAUUCAAAGGCGACACCGGCACGAGGAUGAGGACAUUGUCGGAGCUCCUUUUGAAGCGAAUGAAAGUCGACAAGAUCCCGCUCGAGUAUCCGUUCACGUUCUUCGAUAACAUGAGCAAGAUUUUGGAGAAGAGCCUCGGUGGAUCGACUGGGUGCAUUUACAGCAUCAUGUUCGAGGCGGCUGCGAACGUGUUCGGAGCGUACGAAUUGAACGAACCGGUCAGGAUCGGCAUGUGGAUGGAGGCAUUCGGUGCCGUCGUAGAGGCUUUACAAAGGUACUGCGACGUGAGAUUCGGCGACGGUACGAUGUUCGAUCCGAUUUAUCGAUUCGUCGAAACGAGCAAAUUAGAAUUGGAAAGGAACUGCUCAUCGUUAUCCGAUGAUGGUCUCGGGGCUUUCGGCGUGGCCGUAGAAAAAGCCGAAGAGACCAUCGAAGAGAUAAAAAAGAGGAAAGUCUACGCUGAUCCCGGGGCUCACGCCGUCGGUAUUUGGAUGCGAGCGAUAUACGAGGGCGUCAAAGUGCGAUGGCCCAACUGACUUGAUAUUCUGACGAAUAAUAAAAAAAAUAUGCGUACUUUUUGAGUUUUUAAUUAACGAAAAAUUAAUUCUCGUUUUCUAUCCCUUACACUUGAGUAGAGUAGAGUGAGUGUAGAUUCAGAGUAAAGUAGAAUAGAUUUAGAAUAA